AUGGCCUCGGCGCAGAAUGCAAAUUGGAUGUUGUGUGCUCGAAUCAUCGCUGGUGUGGGUACAGGAAUUGUCAGCGCUGUCAUUCCUGUGUGGGGUUCGGAGCUCGUUGCCCAUAACGUUCGUGGGAUGGUAAUGGCAUUCGAGAUGCUUGUCAACUUUGCUGGCAUCUCCACCUCCUACUGGCUAGAGUACCUCCUGGCUUAUAUCGACAAUGGCAACACAACUGUUCGGUGGCGACUGCCGCUUGGUUUUCAAAUGAUCUUCAUGCUUCUUCUCAUAAUCAUGAUGUUUGUCAUGCCUGAAAGCCCUAGAUGGGACAUAGGAAACGGCAAUCACGAGCGAGGAAGGAAAACACUAGCCAUAUGUCGGGCUCACGGUGAUAUCAAUCAUCCGGAUGUCAUCGCCGAGUUCAAGGAGAUUAUUGCCGCUUGCGAACUCGAAGCCGAGUAUCCAGCCCGGAGCUUUUUCAACAUGGUAACCGGCUACAAGAGUGGUAACCUCCAUCUCGGCAGACGGACAUUUCUCGCUGCUUGGCUGCAAAUUAUGCAGGCGUGGACAGGGGUCACCAGCGUUGUCGUCUAUGCACCAACCUUGUUCAAGAUUGCCGGGUUUGGCUCACAGAAGGCCAACCUCCUUACUGGCUUUGCCAAUAUAGUGACUAUGGUGUCGUGUGUUCUAGCAAUCUUCACUAUCGAUCGUUACGGACGACGAAGCGUGCUUAUAGCCGGUGGUAUAGGCCAAAGCCUGUCUUUCUUCAUCUUGGGCGCCUUGUCCAAAAUUGGAGCCGACCAGCAUAACAAAACCAUUGGAGCCGCCGCAGGUUCAUUUGUUUUUGUCUAUAACGUUGUGUUCGCUGCUACCUGGCUAUCAGUGCCGUGGGUGUACCCUUCCGAGAUCUUUCCACUCAUUAUUCGCGCCAAAGGGAAUGCAUUUGGCAUCGUCGGCUGGAGUCUGGGAUGCGGCUCUGUGUCUCUUGCGGCACCGAGUAUGUUUGGUUCCUUAGGACCUAAUGCAUUCUACAUACACGCCGUAUUCAAUCUUUUCGCCAUUGGCAUCAUCUACUGCUUCUAUCCCGAGACCAGCUGCCGAACGCUGGAAGAGAUCGACCUUCUCUUUGCGAGCACGAGUCCUUUCGUAUGGGAGACAGAGAAGAAAUUUCAACAGCUCAGGCUUGAGCAUACCGAGAUGGUCCGUGGCACCGAGAAACCGCUCGAGACAUCAGACCAAAAGACGGAUGAAGAAGCUCGUGCUGCGAAGCAGGCCGCAUGA